AUGGGAUCAAUUUGUUAAUCGCAUUCCUGUGCAAUUGAAUACACAACUCAAUUGAGCACAAGUGUUAACUUUCUCAAACCACUCAUUGAUCAUCAAUAGGAUGACGAGGUAAUAGAGGAAUCCUUAUCCCCUACUGAUUUUGAAAAGGAGUUUACUACCACUAAGUCAAUGGUGCCUAAAUCUCCAGAUGUCAUGUAAAAAUCCCCAUCGAGUUCACCUACUCCUAAUGAUUCAGUUGUUAUAUAAAAAUUUCAUGUAACUUCUGACGAUUUCGUGAAGUUUCGAUAUGAGAACGUUGCUGAUUCAUAUUAGAUCGAGAGAUCACUAGGUUCUGGCAGCUACGGAGAAGUGUUUAUUGUCAGAAAUAAGUAAACAAAUUAAUUGAGAGCCAUGAAACAGAUCAAAAGACAAUAAAGUUCAAUGAGCAAGAAGGCUUUAAGAGAAAUGGAGAUUCUCUCUAAGUUGGAUCAUCCAUUUAUAGUGAAAGCAAUAGAAGUAUUCUAAGACGAAUAAAGUUAGAACAUGAUUUUGGAGUUGCUUUAAGGAACUGAUAUCUAGGAAGAUAUUUAAAACAAUCACAGUUUCACAGAAGAGAAGGCUGCCAAUAUAGGUUAUCAAUUGCUGUUGGCAAUAAGUUACAUCCACAAUCAGGAUGUGGUCCAUAGAGACAUCAAGCCAGAGAACAUUCUAUAUCAAUAUAACAAUGGGAACACGUACAUUAAACUCAUUGAUUUUGGUAUUUCUACUGAAAUCAAGAAGAAUAGGAAACUGAGUUCCCAAUUAGGAUCAAUGUACUUUAUGGCCCCUGAGAUUUUCAGCAAAGACUAUGGCAAAUAGAUUGAUAUUUGGGCUUGUGGUGUUACUUUGUUCUAUAUGGUUCAUAAAAGAUAUCCUUUUAUGGGGAGGACCAAUUAAGAGAUGAAAAAUGCUAUUAAGAGUGGAAAAUUCUCGUUUGAUAAAUAUAUUAGUCUGGAAUUAUAAUGUCUUUUGUGUAAGAUGUUGUAGAUUAAUCCCAAUAAAAGGAUCACUGCUUUAUAAGCAUUACAAGAGGAUUGGUUUGUUAAACAUAAAUUUGCUGGUCAAAUCAAUCAACAAUUGAUAUUUAAAUUAAUAAAUUAUCAUUCCACAACUUUAUUUGAAGAAUUGAUAUUCUCUCUCAUUACUUAUUUUUUUCACAAUAGCGAUGAUCAUGGCUCAGCCAUAUAAACUUUUUUGUAUCUGGAUGCGGAUUAGGAUGGGUAGAUUUCGAAAUAGGAAUUCAAGAAAUCCCUAUAUUAAUUGGAUCUUCCCAAUUCAAAUUAGCAGAUCGAUGAUCUAUACGCAACUCUGAAUAAGUAAUCAGAUGAUACACUCACUUACAAGGUAGAAUUCUUGGCAGCCUCAGUAGCCAGAGAUAAAAUUUAAACAAAGAAAUGCCAGAAGUUUUGUUUUCAAUUGAUUGAUCAUGAUGAAGAUGGCAAGAUAUCGGAAUCAGAUUUCUGUCAUUUAAUGGGUAAGAACCACUCCAAUCUUUGGCAUCUCCUAAAUCCUUCGGAUAGUUUAUACAUAACUGAAGAGGAAUUUUAUAGCAUGUUCAAAUCAUGA